AUGGCGGCGAUCGAGGUGGUUGACGUGCGGACUGACAUGCGGUUGCAGCGGUUCGACGGCACGGACGAGAAGUGGGGAGACUGGAGUCUCAGGUUCGAGGCCUACACCACGGCGGGCCAGAGGCAGAACCCGCUGCUGAACGACCAGUUUGACGAGCGCGCCAGGCAGGCAAUCGUGGCCGAGUACGUGGAUCAGAGCGGCGAAGCCGUUUCUGACAAUGUCAGGGUGAGCGUGCUGCUAGAGCACGCGCCAGAUCCAUAUCGUGAAGUGCUGCGACAGGCCCCCGAUGAGGUGAAGCUGACGUUUGGUGCAGCUCGCAGUCACAUCAGGGGCUACUACAAUCAGGGAAGGACUUUCACUCACGUCCCAGACGUGGGCGGGGUCGUCCCGAUGCAGGUGGAUGCAGUCCGUGCCCAGCUUCCCAAUGGCAAGGCUAGCGGCAAGGGCAAGACACACAAGUCGGACAAGUCAGGCGGGAAGUCGGGCAGAAACCAGAAGGGCAAGGACUCGAAGACCAAGUCGAAGGGUCGUGACGGCGGCAAGCACGGCAAGAACCAGACGGAGUACUGUGACGGCGAGUGCGGCUACUGCGGCAAGUGGGGCCACAAUCGGGCAAGCUGCAGGAAGGGGAAGGCCGACGACCCGAAGAAGGAGCCAGGUCACACGCGAGCGGUUCAAGGCGACGCAGUUUCGUCAUCAGGCCAGCAGCCAUCGGAUGGCACGGUGAAGGCGGCGUCGGGCCACUACGACGGCAAGCCCGACGGCUGGGUGUUCGCGGUCACGGCGCAGACGGACGGCAAGGCGGCGAAGGUUGGCGGCUCCAUCCUGAUCGACAGCGGCAGCGACGACCAUCUCUGCAGGCACAGAUUCGUCCCAGAGGCCCCCAUCAGCGCUGCGGCGGACGCGCCGAGGCUCUUCGACGUGCAGCAGCGCCCACCACCGACGGCAGGCCUGAGAGGGGUAGAGAUGACCAUGAAGGAGGGCAUCACGGCGACGGCGGACUUCCUGGUCGCCGACGUGAACGAUGAUCUGCUGAGCAUGGGGAAGCUGCUCAGGCAGAUCUUCAGGUUCAACCUCAGCCUGUGGGACGGGCUCUACAUGACGAAGGGCCAUCGCAGCGCGCAGCUCACGCUGGAGAGGAACAGCCUCUGGCUCCCGAUUGUCGCGGCGGGCCCCGCAGCUGAGGCUCACCACUGCCGCGGCGCGGCAGAGCGGCAGGAUGCGGCGACGGCUCCGUUGCUCAACGCGGACAGCUCGGUCGGCGCGAUGAGGACCAGGCUGAGGGAGUUGUGCAUGCCCAUCUACGGUACCAAGGCGGAGCUUUGGGACAGGCUCAUUGUGGCGGAGGCCGCGGCCAGGCGAUCGGAGGCUGAGAGGGCGCACAAGCAGGCAGUCAAGGAGCAGCUCGGGAUCCAGCACGACCCAGUCGAUGCUAGUGAGGUACCCGUACCGAAGGCUCCGAGUGCUGAAGAGGAGAGGCAGCAUCGCCUCACGCAUCUGCCAGCCGCGCCCUGGCGCGAGGAGUGCAUCCGCGGCAAGGCGCCCGAUGCCCCCCACACUCAGGUCACGCUCGAGGAUUCCGAGCGGAAGGCGCCGCUCAUCAGCUACGACUUUGGGUUCUGCAAGACGGCUGAUGAGGACGGGGACUUGACGAAGGUUGAGGACACCGACUCGACGAUGCUCGUGGCGUUCAGCUCGGCGAUCCUGGACGGGGUAGUCGCAGAGCUGACGGGCAAGGUCAUUCCAGAGCUGACGCCCAAGCACAGCAGCCAGUCCAACCCAGCGGAGGCGGCGGUGAAGAUCGCCGAGGGCCAGACGCGGGUCCUCAGGUUGGAUCUUGAGAAGCGCUACGGCACCGGCGGCGAUGCCAAUCUGGGCCUGGCGCAGUGGAGCCACGGGCUCUGGGUUGGCAGAUCCGACGAGUCCCAGGAGCAUCUGACGAUGACGCCGCAGGGGGUCGAGCAGACAGACCGACAAGGAUCUCCUGCUGUCGGCGACGGGCCUCCCCUGGGCGACGAGGACGGCGCCCGAGAGGUCGAGGCGACCACGGGCGGCCCCGCCCGCGGCGACAGAGCAGAGAGGCGCGGGCUGCCGCCUGAGGCGGAGGCCUCAGAGAGCAAGCGAGCGCGGGUUGCAGCGGUCCACGAGCUGGACGUCGGCAACAUAGACGACUCGCCCGACGCGCUCUGGGAGGAGAUCUCGGAUGAGGUCGAGGACCCGACCGAGGUCACGUUCGACGUGGACGCGCAGGACGAGCUGGACAAGAAGCUCACGCUUGAGCACCUGCAGAGCCUCCUGGACCACGGCGUCGGCGAGGACAUCCCCAAGUCGGAGGCAAGGGGAAUGAAGCACAUCACCACCCGCUGGGAGAAGCAGUGGAGGUGGAAGCCUGCGCGACAGGAGUGGCAGCGCACGGUGAGAUUCGUCUGCCGCGAGUUCCGCUGGCAGGAGUGGCGCGACGACCUGUUCACGCCAGGAUCGGCUCCGAUCUCCAACAGGCUCAUCGACUUCGCGGCCCUCAAGCGCGGCUUCGAGGUGAUGACGCUAGACGCGACGGACGCCGUCUACCAGGCGCCCGAGCAUGAGGACGUGGUGGUGGAUCCACCGCAGGAGUACCUGGACAGGCUGCAGGCAGAGGGCAAGAGCACGGACAUCUACUGGAAACUGAAGAGACAGCUGCCUGGCAGGCGCACGGCGGCGCCUGGCUGGGUGGAGCACAUGGCGGGCAUCCUCAUGGACGAGAUGCGCAUGGCGAGGUGCGAGAUGGCCCCGCAGUUCUUCUACAAUUCGGAGACUGAGGUGGUGGUCCAGCUCCACAUGGACGACCCGCACAUGGCAGGACCACGGGACGCGCUGGAGGGCUUCCGCGACGAGAUGGGCCAGCACGUGACCUUCAGCGGCGGUGAUCUCCACGAGUACGGCACAACCUACGAGCACCUGAAGAGGCUGAGGACGCAGUUCGAGCACGGGACGGAGCUGAAGGCGAACCCGAAGUACCUGGAUUACGCGGUGGAGACCCUCGGCCUCGGGAGCGCGAACACGGCGCCCACGCCAGGAGUGCCAGCUCACAAGGCGCUCAUGGGGAGCACGUCUGCCCUAUCUUCCGUUCAGGCUGGCAUCUACCGAUCGUGCGUGGGGGCGCUAAUGUACUACGCCCAGGACAGGGCGGACUGCCAGUAUGAGGUGAGCUUGCUAGGACGGAUGCUGUCGGGCCCCACCGUCGGCGCCUUCACCGCACUCAAGAGGCUGGUCAGGUACCUGAUGUGCACGAGGGACGCGGUGACCUGGCUUCCGAAGCCGACGGAAGGUACGAACGUGGAGCUGGUGGGCUACGGUGACAGCGACUGGGCAGGCGACCUUCAGACGAGGAGGUCACAGUCGAGCGGCAAGAUCGAGAUUGACAACGUUCUCAUGCACUCCUUCAGCAGGCGCCAGGGGAUCGUGGCGACCAGCUCGGGAGUGGCAGAGUACUACGCGGCGACGGCAGUCGCCGAGGAUCUCCUUUACUUCAAGUCGCUUCUGGAGUUCAUGGGCUUCACGGUGGCGACUACUCUUCUGACGGACUCGUCGGCGGCCCGAGGGAUUGCCAAACGCGAGGGAGUUGGCAGGGUCAGGAGCCUGGAGGCACGCGUGCUCUGGCUCCAGCAGGCGAUCAAGAGGAAGCUGAUGGACCUUGGGACCGUCGGCACCGACGACAACAAGGCCGACCUGGGCACGAAGAUCCUCGGGUACGAGCGUUUCGUCAAGCUCAGGACGAUGAACGGCAUCUACACGGACAUGGGCCAGGUCGCGGAGAGCGACCACCAGUCGGAGGAGGUGGACUUCGACGUGGGGGCGGCGGCUCGGGUUCGGCGCGCCCCAGGCGUGGCCGCUUCACCGAGUGCGACCCGCUCAGCGGCCCUGGCGAUGAUCACGGCGGCGGUAGCGCUCCUUCAUGGGUGCGAAGGACCUGCCACCGAGUACGACGGCUACUACGACACGGAGGUUUGCUCCAAGGGCGGCGUGGUCGCGAGCGACUGGACGAACUACUGGCUGGUGCUGGUCGUCUGGACGCUGGUCGUGGCCACCGUCUCCGGCUACGCGGGGUUCCGCUACGCCAGCUGGGUGGAGCAGGAGUGGCUCCUCGUCCAGACCGAGCCCGAUGACGCGAAGGACAAGAAGAUCGACUCAGGCAUUGGCUGCAUGUCAUCCACGUCGACCAAGUCGACGGUGGAUCAGAGCAACCGCAUGAG